GGCGUCCGGGUGCGCUCUUUUGGGCGGGCCCGCGACCUCGCUCGACCGGUAUCUUACUGAGUAAAUCCCACGGGAACGGAGCGCGAUAAAAGAGGAAGAGUCGGCGGUUUGGGGGAGCGGUUGACUGCCCCGAAGGCGAGCUAGGGAGCCCGUGUUUCCCAGCACCUCUGCAGAUAACGCGGAGGAAAAACCCGGGACUGGGACCCCCUAGGGGGCGUGCUGGCAGGGGGCGCACCGUGAGCGCUGCUGCGUUUCGGGGGAUGAAACGGCCCGCGUUUGCAGCUCCCAUGCGUGUCCUCCCAGACCGUCAACGGAAUAUGGACGCCGUAGGCACUUAGAUGGAGCCCUGAAAACUAAGCGCACGUUCUUGGGGUCUGCCUGCUGGCAUCAUUUCCAGACAGUACUAAUUGUCACAGACGUCCUGGAGAAAUCUCAUUACACCGAAGACUGUAUCUUAUGUUUGGAUGGAAUAGUUAUACCCUGACGAUAGCGGUUGACAUUGAAAAGAAGUCCUUGUUACAGAAAGAAAACAGCUCGGAUAUUAGAUCCUGUGGGUCUUCGGGGGCUGUCAUGCAGGGGGGCACUUUCUCAUCUUUUGACCAGCAACUUUUUUGCCACAUGUAUAAGCUGAUAGCAUUUUGGAGAUAGAGAAAAAAACGAGUGUCCUUUCUGCUGCCCUGUAUUUAUUGGGGGAGAGCACUGGAAGAUUGAACUUUUUUGCUAACAAGGGGAAUUGUAGAAUGAUCGGAAUUCUGCUUGGGUUCAGCAUAGUAUUAACACGGAAUGAUUUUCAUUAAGAUGUAAUCUAGAUCCAAAUGAAUUAGUUUUCAGCAACAAUUCAAACACAUUCAAAAGCUUUUCAAUUCUUAAUAGUUGUGAGAAACAGUACUUAUCGUUAAUAAAAAUGCAAAACCACCCACAACUUCUUCUUCGAAGACCUUUACCUCCAAAGCUCCCUAAGUUGCCUUUAUAUAAGAAAGUCCGUACAGGUGGAGGAGUUCAGAGUGACAAAGAGCCCGAGAAUUUAGAGUUCAGGAAGGAAUUGCAACCGUCCGUCACCAUCUACAAUCUCUCUUUGGAGGAGCACGUACAUGUACGAAAAAGAGUGGCUACUGUGUCGGUGUCCCCAAAACCUCAGCUCGAUCACUGGGACAUUCCCGACACUACUGCUGGCUGCGUGUUUUUCCCCAGUUGUCCAUCAGCUUCCACUCGAGUUUUUAGGAAAGAAACCAAGCGAGCGAAGAGAUCAGGAAGACCGGAGGGACAGCCAUCAAGAAUAAAGAAGACUUCUGUUGAAAGCACGCUGAAAGACAUCCUGAUUUUCUCCUCCACCUUCCCCGAACGUGCCAGCGCCCCUCCCGCAGGCGCCCCCGGCUUACCGGGGCACCUCCCAGACUUACCUCUGGCAAAGAGCAGGGCCUACACCGUGAAGCAGCCCCUGAUAGACUGGAGCACGGCGAGGCCAAGCCUUCUCCCGAGAAUUACGCCUGUGCAAGGACACCAGUGGUUCGGCCAUUUACAGCAAGGCACGGCGCUGCUACUGAAUAUCACUCGUUUUCCUGGUUCUCUUUCCAUACCACCGCCAGUGUUGCCAAGGAAACCUCGAAGGCAGUCUGAAAUAGAAACUCGGAAAACAGACACCGAAAGUCUAGAAGUGGUUCCAAGCUUGGUAGCCCCCCGGGAAGGUCUCAUUAAAACUAAAAAACUGAAUGAAGCAGAGGCCCAAGUUAAGCGCCGUGAUGUGUACAAGACCGUCGUGACAACGCAGUACGAGGCCAUACAAGCCAUGACCGAACUGGCUGUGGUCAACUGUCAAAUAUACGGGAGAAAUGCACUGAACCUCAAGGGGUUUUUUAUCCUGAACUGUCCAGACUUAACACCUUUGGCUUUGCAGUUGAUAUAUCUUAACUUAUCAUUUAAUGACAUCAGUUCCUUUCCUACAGAGAUAUUUUGCCUGAAGUAUUUACAGAUACUGAUCCUGAGGAAUAACCCCAUCAAAGCAAUCCCUUCGGAAAUCCAGCAGCUUCGGUUCCUCAGAGUUUUCAACAUCGCCUUUAAUUUGAUUUUGACUCUUCCGCCUGGGUUAUUUUACUUGCCCUAUCUUGAGGAACUUAAUGUUUCCUACAAUAGUAUUGCUGUUAUUCCGAAUGAAAUCCAGCUACUCAGGUCACUCAGGCUGCUGGUGGUCGAAGGGAAUGACCUGACGUCUUUUCCGCCUGGGAUUUUGAGGCUGAAGCUGAGAAAAAUCCAAUUUGACAAUAACUUCACCCAUCCUUACCUCUGGAAAGAGAACUCUCUGAAUAGUCCACAGCGCCUCACUGAAGCUGCUUCGCUGUCCUUUCUGAAGAAUAAUCUACACAAAUACUACGAUGCGAUCCCGGCGAAAAUUCAAGUGUUACUGAAGUGCGCGUCCAAGUGCGAGUGGUGCCAGGGCCCCAGGUUCGGGGAAGGGUACCGCAUCAUCCAGUCCUGCAACAUCUUCGGGGUGUCCCGCCUGCCCGUGCUGUUCCGCGUCUGCUCCUCGUCCUGCUACCGGGCAGUGAAUGAGAGGAGUGUGUUCUAGACAGUGGCCCUGGGGACAGCACAGCCGCGACGUCGGACUUGACGAUCACACCGUAAUUUUCGAAUUCCACCGAGCCAUUCAGGCCGACGUGAAUAGGGGUUCGCUUCUUCCAGCGCGCGCUG